AUGCCUCCACCUGCAACGCUUCCCUCAUUGAAGUCCGAAAACAAUGGCCAGGAUCCGAGCGUUGUGGUAGUGCCCUUAGGAGGUGUCGGAUGGAACAGAGGGGAACCGUCAGCUGAGGCUUCCGAAGUUGUGAAGGCCCAUUCUUCGUCUUCAACUAACGUACUCGAUUUGCGUCCCACCUGGGCGAAGCAGACACCGGACGCAGCAAAUAGUGGAAGUAGUGGAAAAGGGGAGUUUCCCACUCUGUCGACCUCCGCUCAAGGGACCAGUGCUUCGCGAAAGACUCAAGGGAAGUGGGCAAGUGAAGAUCCUUUGCAACGAAACGAAUGUCAAAAGUCUGCAAGUGAUCUUUCAGAUGAAACACGAAUGUUACCAGCUCGAUAUCACGACAGUGCAACAGAAUUAGUAAAUACCUCGCAGCGACAGAGUCAACGCCCACCACGAACAAAACUCCGCUCAUUCCGUGACGAGCCCGUCUUACUAACAAAGAGCAACGAGAGGAUACCGUCAUCUCCUGAAACGAGCGGAAGAUCCGAUUUGUUGGUCGAUAACUUUUUGCAUGAAGAUCUCAACCGUGAUGUGGAGUCGUCCAAAGACCAGUUUGAUCGAAAUAAUAGCACGGACCGAGAAGACUUGGAUAAGGACUCACGCCACAAUCCCUAUCUUUGUGCUAACGUAGUAGAAUCAGCGCGUCAACGCGAACUUGCUAUACGAAGUGAAGACGAGGAGGAUGUCCAAAUGACAAAACUCGACAAACUGGCUGUUCGAGUAGUGAAGAGAGUUGCCGAAUCGAAUGAACUAAGCACGGAUGAAGGACAAAGCUUUACAAUAGUUGACCAAUUGCAAGAAACA